CCACCUCCUUCUCUCCAGCCUGCAGUUUCCUGUGGCCCCAGACACUUAGCUGCCACAGCUGUGCCCACAAUCGUCCUCCCACAGUGUUCCCAGAAGUGGUGUGAACGGGCACCUGAGUGUCCCCGCCAGGGUUGUGGCGGCUCCUCGGGCAGCGGGGGGCAGAGAUGCACGCGGGUGCUUCCCUGGAGCUGCUCAGCUCGGAGAAACCUCUGAUCUUCGGGGAGGUGGCGAGUCUUCCCCGGGUCUGAUGGAUGGCUGUCUUCCAGACUCUGACACCGAUGCGGCCACCAUCCAGGAGGUCAGCGAGGCCGUGCUGGCCCUGUGGCUGCCCACAGACUCGGCCACGGUGCUGCGGAAGAUGAAUGAGGUCCAGGCCAUUGCCGCCAGGCUACCCAACGUGGACCUGGUGCUGUCUCAGACCAAGCAGGACAUUGCUCGGGCUCAGAGGCUCCAGGUGGAGGCUGAGAAGGCCAGGAGCCGAGCCCACGCGGUGGAGGGCCAGGUGGAGGACGUGGUGGGGAACCUUCGGCAGGGCACGGUGGCUCUGCAGGAAGCUCAGGACACCAUGCAAGGCACCAGCCGUUCCCUUCGGCUUCUCCAGGAGAGGGUUGCUGAGGUUCAGCAGGUCCUGGGGCCGGCGGAAGGACUGGUGGCCGGCAUGAGCUUGCAGCUGGGUGACUUGCGGGCACGGAUGGAGGAGCUCAGCCGCAGGGCCAGGCUGCAGCAGGAGCAAGUGGCGAGGGCCCAGCAGCUCACAGAGGGUGCUAAGCAGCGGGCGCUGAGCGCCCAGGAGGGAUUUGAGAGAAUAAAGCAAAAAUAUGCUGAGUUGAAGGACCAGUUGGGUCGGAGCCCCAUGCUGGGGGCUCAGGGCAGCCGGAUCCUGAGUGUCAAGACGGAGGCAGAGGAGCUGUUUGGAGAGACCAUGGAGAUGAUGGACAGGAUGAAAGGUGAGGGGGCGGAGCUGGGGCUUGGACUCCUGGGCACCCCAGGAGGCUUCGACCGCACCUCCCCCACACUGAGUCACGGGUUCGGCACGUGGGAGGCGAUAAAUGAUAGGGAGAAGGAGAAGCAGAGAAGGAGAGUAAGGGGUGUUGGCACAGGGGGAAAGGUGCGAUUCUAGAUCGCGUGGCCACGGUUGGCCUCUCUGGAAAGGUGACAUUGGAGCAAAGACCUGAUGAUCUCUCUCUGCCUUUGCGGAAACGAGCACGCUGGCCUGGGGAGGGGCGCGUGGAAGGGGUCUUCUUGCCAAGGAAGCAG